CAUGAACAUACCCAGAUUUUCUACACAAUUCCCAUUAAUUUUCCUUCUAAAAUUUUCUCAGGAAAAAAUAAAAAUGAAGCUUUUGAUUCUGGGAAUUAAUCUCUCUUUGUUCCUGUCUUGCUAUAUUCUCACAACGCACCAAAUUCCAUGGCUUUUCGCCUUGUUUUUCCUCUUGUUAUUGUCCCUUUCACCUUUUUGGCUCGUCCCGGGCGGCUUCGCAUGGCGGAAUUCAUCCCUGGACGUUCCCGGUCCAGUCGGUUGGCCGUUACUCGGGACGUUACCACUAAUGAAUGCGGUCGCACAUCGCAACUUAGCUGCUGCGGCCGCGUCACUUAGUGCAACGAGGCUGAUGAAAUUCAGCCUUGGUGCAACAAGAGUGAUAAUCAGUAGUCACCCGGAUACCGCCAAAGAAAUCCUAGGCGGGUCCGCGUUUUCAGACCGACCCAUCAAAGACUCAGCUCGGUCCUUGAUGUUUGAACGCGCCAUCGGGUUCGCACCCUCGGGUGCGUACUGGCGCCACCUACGUCGAAUCGCGGCUAACCAUAUGUUCUCCCCUAAGAGAAUCUUAAACCUCGAGCCACUCCGCCAACAAGUGGUUAACCACAUGGUGGUUCAAACCCAACGAGCCAUGGAAACCAAAGGGUUUGUUGAGCUAAGAAUGAUAUUACAAAAAGGGUCAUUAACUAAUAUCUUAGAGACUGUAUUUGGAAGCUUUUUAAGUUCAGCAAUGGCGGAUGAACUAGGGCCAAUGGUGAAAGAAGGGUAUGAAUUAAUCGCUAUGUUUAAUUGGGAAGAUCAUUUCCCUUUAAGGUUUCUAGACUUUAAUGGUGUUAAAAGAAGGUGUCAUAAAUUGUCGAGCAAGGUGAAGAUUGUUGUGGGUCGAAUUGUAGAAGAAAGAAGAAAAGAAGCUUUGGAUCAGAGCAUCAAUGGCGGAAAUCAUGAUUUUCUUACAGCUUUGUUGACUUUGUCUAAAGAAGAUCAGUUGUCUGAUUCCGACAUGAUCGCUGUAUUGUGGGAAAUGAUAUUUCGGGGCACCGAUACGGUGGCUAUAUUAUUGGAAUGGAUCAUGGCGAGGAUGGUAUUACAUCAAGACAUUCAAGCCAAAGUCCAAGAAGAGAUUGAUGCUUGCAUCAGCCAUCGUGACGACCGUUGUGUUCAAGAUUCCGAUCUCCCCAAUUUGCCUUACCUUCAAGCUGUUGUGAAAGAGGUUCUUCGACUACACCCACCAGGUCCACUUCUCUCAUGGGCUCGUCUAGCCAUCCAUGACGUACACAUCGGGAAGUCUUUCAUCCCAGCUGGUACGACCGCAAUGGUUAACAUGUGGGCAAUAACUCAUGACCCAUCGAUAUGGAAAGAUCCGUGGACCUUUAGGCCUGAAAGAUUCAUCAAAGAGGACGUUUCCAUCAUGGGCUCAGAUCUUAGGCUGGCGCCUUUCGGAUCAGGUCGAAGGGUUUGCCCUGGUAAGGCACUAGGUUUAGCAACCGUGCAACUGUGGCUUGCACGGUUGCUCCAAUCUUUCAAAUGGCUCCCGACAACUGUAGCGCAUCAACGAGUUGACUUAUCAGAAAUGUUGAGGCUUUCCCUUGAAAUGAAGAAGCCAUUAACAUGCCGAGCGAUCCCCCGAGUAACACAACAAUCACUCAAUUAAAUAGAAAAAAUAUAUAGUAGUAAUAAAUUAUGAAACGAAAGGGCGUGGAUUCAUGGGAAAAAACUAAGAAACCAUGAAUUAUCUAUAUAAAAUUAAGGCCCUAGAGUUUGUAAACUAGUCAUGUUUAUUAAUUUGAGUUUAAUGGGUACUUCCUUUUUAGGUUAGUAGUUAAGGAACUUGUAUUUUUAAAAUAUUUAUGUUUAAAGCAUAUUCCAAAAUAA